GUGGACUUUGUAGAAAGUGUAACCUCAGACUCACGAAGCUCGCGUCGCGUGGCAACAGGAAGGAGACGGAGACGGAACUCGGCCACACGGCGCGAGUCGCAGCGACUCUCUGGAGACUAAACGGCGCGUCUCAUCGCCCACGAUGUCCACGUGACCCUGUGCGAGCGACUCUGUGUUGUUCCGCUUCAUCGGAAACGUCCGGAUUGUGUCCUCGUGUCCUGCGGAGCUCAUGACGUCAUCGUGCCAGCAGGAGAUACACGGACCCGAGCGACACCGAGCGGAGCCGAGUGAGCGACGCGUUUUUAACGGAGCUGUCUGGAGGAAACGUUUCUGAGCUCGUGAAAAUGUCUAAAGCCCAAAUGCUGAGAGGUUUAGUCAACCAGCGACUCACUGCGGCUGCGCAGGAGAUCUGCGGGCUGUUUGAAGGAACGAUCGCAGAGUACGAGGAGGAACUGUGUAGUUUAAAAGAGGAGAACGAGCGGCACCGGAAGCUGCUGCACGCCGUGUUCAACCCGGAAGUCCGGUUGCAACGAGCAGACGUCCGGCAGCUGUUGGUGGUUAAAGAAGAGGUUCCUUUUGAGCAGCAGUUCUGGAGCUCCAGUCUGGACCAGGUGCAUCUAGAGCCCUCGCUAGUUAAAGAGGAACGGGGGGACCAGGAGAACCCUCAGCCCCCCCACAUUAAAGAGGAACAGGAGGACCAGGAGAACCCAGAGCCCCCCCACAUUAAAGAGGAACAGGAGGAACUCUGGACCAGUCAGGAGGGAGAGCAGCUUCAAGGGCUGGAGGAGGCUGGUCUCAAGUUCUCAUUCACUCCUGUGAAGAGUGAAGCUGAAGAGGAAGCUCAGUCCUCUCAGCUUCAUCAAAGACAAACUGAACCGAUGGAAAUAGAAGCUGAUGGAGAUGAUUGUGGAGGACCAGAACCAGCCAGGAACCCAGAUGCAGAUAGACCUCUAGAUCCUGAUGAGGAGACUGGAGACUCUUCUGAACCAGAUAUUGAUGAGAAGACUGGAGAUUGUUCUGAACCAGAUCCUGAUGACUCUGUUGAUUGGAAAAAGACCAGAGAACCAGGUUUCAACUCUCUGAAUAAUGAUGACGUUUAUGUCAGUGAUUCAAAAUCUAGUUCUAGUGAAAAACCUUUCAGCUGCUCAAUCUGUAAAACAUCUUUUACAGAGAGGCGUCAUUUAAAGAGACACAUGUUAACUCACACAGGAGAGAAACUGUUCAGCUGCUCAGUCUGUAAAAGAUCUUUUACAGACAGAGGAAAUUUAAAGAGACACAUGUUAAUUCACACAGGAGAGAAACCUUUCAGCUGCUCAGUCUGUAAAACAUGUUUUAGAGAGAGGAACUUUAAAGAGUCACAUGUUAACUCACACAGGGGAGAAACCUUUCAGCUGCUCAGUCUGUAAAACAUGUUUUAGAGAGAGAGGAACUUUAAAGAGUCACAUGUUAACUCACACAGGUGAGAAACCUUUCAGCUGCUCAGUCUGUAAAAGAUGUUUUACACGGAGCAGUCAUUUAAAGAGACACAUGUUAACUCACACAGGAGAGAAACCGUUCAGCUGCUCAGUCUGUAAAAGAUGUUUUGCACAUAGAGGAAAUUUAAAGAGUCACAUGUUAACUCACACAGGAGAGAACCCAUUUUAGUUGUUCUUGUUUUGGUAAAGUUGACAUUUAUUCCACUCCCUCACUUGUCAUGAAGACCGUGAGAAACCUCCCUCGCUGAUCACUGUUCUGACUUGGGAUUAAUGGAUGUCAGGAUCAGUUAAACAUGAAUUAAUUAGGCAAACCAAAAGCUGGAGACCGCAAUGAAAAGAUGCUUAGGAUGAAGAUGUACUGAGAACGGAGUUAAAUGAAGAAUUUGGGAAUUUCAAACAGAGAUGAGGCAUAAAGUCCACCUCCUCUCGUGCCACCUGCACUCUGUUUUGUGGUGCCACCAUAAAGUAAUGCUCGAUUCAGAGAAACAAUGGAGUCAAUCUGUAAAGAUGUGGGCACAACAGUCAGAAAAUGUGUUCUCCGACAUAUUUCAUGCCCAUCUGAAUUAUUGUACACAAAUCUAUGUACAGGUUAUUUGUGAAUGUAGAAACAGUGACAAUGAAAAUAUGAAACCAUGUUUAUGCCAAAAAAAAUAGCCGGACACUGCAGGGAAUCGAACCCCAUCCCAGUAAAGCAUGAGUACCAUUACCAGUGCCUUGUUUUAUUUUUGAGGCUUGUGGGUUAUAAUAUUUUUUCCAUCACACCUUGUUUUGUUUUUUCAGAACUUUUUAUUUUGCAUUUUCCACAAACAGUUUAUUCCUUGACAUCGAGAAGAAAAAAAUAUAUAUAUAUAUCUACAACAAAAUAAAAUCAGCACACGUCCAAAUCCAUCUAUAUCCACAUACACACCCAUCCCCUCCCACAUGUUUAUAGUUAUACAUCUACCCUCCAAGAGUAGGACCCAAUGAGGUGGGAGGGAAGGACCAAACAAUCAAACUACAUACAACCAAAUGAUAAGCAUUAAAUACAAAGUGAAAGGUAAAAGGCAUUAAUGUGAAAAAUAAAAUAAAGAAAUCAACAGACAUUCAUUUCAUACCCAGAUUUUUCAUAGACCUCUUUGUUUUGCAGUUGCACUCUAUGUGUACAGCCUCAACCCCUCUCAGUUAUAACAUCUACAUCCAAUAUCGACUCUAGAUAUAACGUCACACACAAAUAUGAAGAGAUUACAAGAGGUGUAUUAAAAUAUCUGAUUUUUAGUUUCCAAUCAAAUUCUUUCCAUAAUUGGCUAUUGAUUCCUUUAUGACAUUUAUUGUACAGAUCUUCCCAUGUUGCAUCUUCAAUUCUAACAUUUAUUUCCAAUUCCCACUUUUCCUUGAUGUUCAAUGUAUUUUGUGUUCUGUCAGCUGUAAGCCUUCUAUAUAUGUGGGAGACGUGGUUUUUAGUUGGAAAGCCGUUUUCUGCUAUACUAAUAAAAUAGUCUUCCAUUA